AGAGAUAUAUGAAUAUUAUUAAUUUAAUAACAUAGACAGGGUCAUUAAAAACAGUGUCUGCAGAUUGUAAAAUAUACAUUUUCCAGUGUACCACCCAAACACUGACCCCGACCAUUCAUUUUGCAAUGUGAAGUGAUUAUUAGUUUCAGGUCAUCUGCUAUUAGAGUUCCGUAGUUGAAUGAUCUGAUCAAACAGAUAGCAAAAAGAUGUCCGCCUAAAAUCACUGGGACUUCAUUUCCUCCCAUCCAGGACAUUGCAAAAAAAAAAAAAUUAAAAAAAAUUGCUGCCUGACCAGGGCUCAUAACAUCAACACACUCAAUACUUACUACAGCUAUUUUAUCCUGAACUAUGAUGUUGAGUGGCAGGUUCAAAGUGAGGUUUUCAGUGGCGCUAAUGUUACAGAAUAUGACUUAGAUGUAAAUGUUUACGUGGUCGGAAUAAAUGAUUCAAAUAUUUUUCUAGGAUCCUGCCCUCUCUGAUUUGUUAUUAUGAAACUAAUUGUAACUUCCAGGAAAACCUCAGAAGCUACUUGUCAUGAUUCUGCAAUAAUGAGGGAUGACUUGGUAACUACCCAAUAUUACAUUUCACUUGAUGGGGCACAAAAAGAGUACCUCGUAAUAAAGUCAUUCAUAAUUAACGAGUUGUCACAAUCGAUGGCCUGUUUAUCAGGAACCACUCAUGGAGAAAGCGGUCAGUUUGUUGACUGACAGAUAUUCAUGAUCUGGUCAUUACCAGGGCGCCGUUUAGCUCAGUUGGUAGGGCGGGUGUCCCAUAUACAGAGGCUUUGUCCUCGCUUGUGUCAUCCCUGGGUUUGAGUCCUGGACUGGGGCCCUUUGCUGUGUGUCUGUACUUAAAAAUAAAGGCCAAAAACACACUUUAAAUUUAACAAAAAAAAAAAAAAAAAAGUCAUUACCAAAUGUUUUAUAAGUAUAACAUCUCCCAGUGUUCCAAUAACUCAUUAUCUUUCGUACUCGAUUUGCAGUUAUUACUCAUUGAGCACUUAUUUAUUAGCAAGUCAUUCUUGAUUGACUUCUUGCUCGCUCCUGAGUCUGUCUGCUGUUUGAAAUCUAACCUCAAUCAAUUAUUGAACAUAGGAAUAUCAAUUUACUGUUUGCCUGCCUUAGCUGUUACCAUGGCACAAGCUCAUCUAUUAUUAACAGUUUGGGUGUCUAGUUUUUCUACUCAGGGUAUUUUCAGCUCAUUUUGACAAGUCAAUGGGGAUAUUAUUGUUUGAUAAUUGCAGACCACUAUGGCUUAGGCUGACAGAGCGUGUCUCGCUUUUCUGAAUGGGCUGUGAAACAUGUAAGACGUCUUUGUAUUUCAAUGGAGGGGCCAAAACUGAAACAGGAGAAAGAAAAGGCUUCGAAAACAGUCCGGUUCAGAGUUGCAUCUGCCAACAGCGGCCGGGUCUUGGCGGAGGUGUUCAAGGAUGAAACGGCCUGGUGCGGCUCUGUGUCGGACUCUGUGGACUCAGACUGCACCAGCAUCCCAGAGGCAGAGCAGGGGGGCCCACCUCCCCCCAGCGAGGCCAACAGCCACCUGAAUGGUCUGCUGGUGAAAACUGGUCAGGACGAGAACGGCUGUGAACCUGAUGACCUGCUUUUGUACGCCAGUGCCAAGAGGGAGAUGUUCUUCAGCAACAAACGGAUCAAUAUCUGCAGCAAGAAUGGGACCAUACGAGGAGUGAGGAACAAAGUGAGCGCAGGCCAAGUGCUUUUCAACAACCUCUCCAACAUGUACUCUGGUUCCCUUCGUCAUCAGAAAAGGAGAGCCUGGGAAAAGGAGUAAACAGUUCAUAUGUAGCAGUUUCACACACUGUGGUCAACAAGAAGAUGUAGCCCUGUGGCUGAAGAUUGUCUUGGAAUUUGACCUACACCAGGACUCGCUUAAUUGAACCAACAGACAAUAAUCCUCUGUGUCUUCUUUUACGACUACUUUAAAAUGACUAGAGCUUAACUGAAUAACAGUGGUCCCGUCUGUUCAUGUGAUAUGAUUCAGAUUCCUCUCCCCGGUGAGGAUGUUUUAUAUAACUCUGUGUAAUGUAAUUGUAAGCAAAUAAAAUUGUCUUUAAAUUGCCUACAUUUAUCAACGUUCGCAACAUCGAGACAUUGGAUGGUACUUUGAGUUGGUGUCUGAACUUGGCUGGUAAAUUCACUUUAAGACUUUGAAUGGGUUUUCUGAAAAGAUGUUUGCAUUUUUUUGGUUCUAAAUAAGUAUAGUUGUGACCCAGAAUUUCAUAUGAUUUUGAUAUUUUAUAGAGUUUCUUGUGGACUCGAGGCUGGAUUAUGUGAACAUGCGUGUUUUCUAAGUACCUUUUUUUUUUUUUUAAAUGAUGUUCAUAUUAGAUUGGAUGUGCUUAAUAAUAUUUCUUAUUCAGAAUCCCAUGUAUAAAUAAUAUAAACAUUCCUUUAAAGGAGAUGCACAUACUUCUUCUCAUGCUCUACUGCAGUAGAUUUAAUGUUUGUUAUUGGCCUACUGGUUUCUGUUGCUGCUUUGAUUGUUACAUAUAUUAAAUAAUAACAAUAGUUUGGAAGAAAAAGUUACAACAUAUUGGUAAUGAUAUUUGACAUCUAAAGCUGUCAAGGAAAGGCUGUCCUUUUCCUCUUCUCACUUUGUUAACUCCAUCAGAUACUGUUGUCUACAGCUUCCAAAAGCUUCCAGCUUCCAUUUGUAAUGUUUUCCAUAUUAAAAAAAAUCCAGUUCAUUGUUUUGGAUGAAUUUGUUCAUUUGAUCAUAUUCGUUCACACGUGAUCAUUUUUGUGUCAUUAUAAAAUAUGAACCUAUUCUGUGAUGAAAUUCAAAAUGAAUGCCGUAGUAUGUUUGGUUUGUUUUCUACGACUCAUUAUCAGUUUUUAAUAAACAUCAUUUAAACUAAAUUCAAUCUCCAUUUUCUUUAUUGUCUAAUAAAUAAUGAGUUACAAUUGAUUACAUGCCAGACUUUUAAGGAUACAUUGUUAACACAAAUACAAUUGUGAUUCAUUGUUGAUCUGUGGUGUGAGGAAUGUGUAUGGUAAUCACUAUAAAAUGAAAUUAUUACCAAUUUCUUAUUCUAAUGCAUAUUUCUAUUAAAAUUGUGUCACCAUUGUAAAUAAAGAAUUUUAAAUAUACUUUAUAGAACAAAAAGUAGUGAUGACAGGCUUUGGUGGUCAAACAGUGUGGAUUCUAAAAUCAUAUUUCUAAUUAGAAUUGGUGAUCUAAAACAAGGGACAUAUACACGACAAGAAAGUAAAACAAUUUCUUUACAUAUCUUUUCAGAUCAUACUCAAACAGGCUUUAGGUUGUGACAGGGUUGAACUCACGUAGAGAUUUUGCCAGAGAGAAAUGUCUAAUAAUGAUAAAGAUUUCACUCCUGAGGUGGGAAUGUUUAACAACCUCUUUAUAGGAUGAAGUGAUGAGGAAUUUAAUUUCUUGAGGCACUUUUUUUCCCAAGAUGGUGAGGUCCAAAAAGCACAGCUCUCAGAGCACCACCCAACUAUUAACCAACGUUUGAUUAACUACAAAUUCACUGUUUAUAGUGGUGAUUUUUAUAAACUGUGACCCUUUAUGCUUUUAUUUGAUAUUUGAUAUUUUAAAGCCAGAGAUUGUACUUUUUAAGACCCUACAUGUCUUUACUCACUUCCUCCUUAUUUGGAGCUGAUAUAUAUGAUCAAUGGAUGAAGUACAAGCCAGGAAAAGUUAGCUCCACCUUCACCAGCUACAACACUCAGUGCUAACUUUAGUGAGAACUGGUCAGGGCCCAUUUGUUAUUGAUUCAAAUUUUGAUUAUUUCCCCUAUUAAUUGUUUGAUUGUUUUAUCUAUAAAACAACAGGACAUUCUUUAAUGGAAAUGUUUUAUUGAUCACAAUUCUGUAAAGCCUGAUGUGAUGUUGUCCAACCAACUGUCCAAAACACAAAAUGUACUGUAAGACAAAGAAAAGCAACAAAUCCCACAAUUUAGAGGCUGUGGAGCAUGGUCGUUUGUGCUUAAAACUACUUUAUCAAAUGGUCCACUCUAGUGUGCUUGUGCUUAGCUCACACUUUGAAUGCACGACCCUCUUGUAGUUGAGUAUUUCUACAUUAUGGUACUGCUAUUACCUGACUCAAUCCUCCAUGACUGCACACUUGUAUCACAUAACAUUCAUUUUCUGAACAUCUCAGAACCAUGGUUAUUUCUGAGCAUAAAAUGGAGCAAUGAUUACUGAAUGUCUUGAUGAUUUUGAUGAGUUUAAGAAACAAGUUUAGCCUUUAUCUUUUCCCUCUCUGGCCGAUGGAAAUACAGGAAUGGGAAUGUGUUGUAGCUCACACAACAUUUCCGGAGCCUCGCAGUACAACAACUGAAGCAGAUGGGGACUUGUUUUAAAGUGUAAGAAACCAAACCACUGUUGAACACUGCUGAUUUCUAACAACGUAUUUCCGAUCAAACGACCCAUGCUUUUACUGAUUAUAACUCCAUAUUCAAUAAAACGACUUAACAUGCAAUACCACCGAGAGAAAAAAUAAUAAUAAUGUCAGUGAGACAUCAGACGGGUCGUCAGUGCCACAGCAUCACCUGACCUGCACAGUUUUGAGCGUCAGCUUUUGGGUGGACUUUCCCUUUAAGUGGCAGAUUUAUGCAACAGCAUCUCACCGUACACCUGCCGCGGUCAGCACCAUGGACAGCGGACCUGCCAGCUCUGUGUGGAGCGCUCACCGCACCAUCGCCUCCUGAUAACCGCACCUCGGGGCCCGAGGGGCAGGGUCCUUUCGUCAGGACAAUCAGGCUAAUACAGAAUAAUCCACGAUCAUGUUACUGCGGCACUGACAGCUACACCGUAGAAGGCAGGAUGCGGUCUUCCCACUAGACACCCCCUCCGUCUUUUUCUUGAAUUUUCAGCCACGGGAAGGAUCCCCUCCGCUCGGGUUUCACGGAUAAACACGCCAGGCUUUUCUUUGGGUGGAGUUGCUCUAAAUGAGGACAGAUGUUUUUCUCGCGUCUGACAAGUAGCUCGUCUCGUCUUGAGGGACUCUGCAGAGCGAGGCAGUGAAAUCUCUUCCUCUUCCCUCUCCACGCCCUGUCAUUAUCACCCGUCGCUGGCCAGCACCAUGUCCCCUCCAGCAUCGGCUGCGACGGCCAGUGAAAGCAGCACGACCACCGUGUUCGAGGAGGACACCAGGGAGGAGCAAAGACCCUUGAAGCAGUCUCUGAGCAAGUCACUGUGCCGUGAGAGCUUUUGGAAAUGCCUGCUCCUGUCCAUUCUCAUGUAUGGCUGCGUGGGAGUGAUGGUUUGGUGUCACGUCACCAAAGUGACCCGCUUCACCUUUGACAGUGCCUCGAAAGUGAAGUCCAUGAUGUACCAUGAAAGCCCCUGCACUGAUGGCUAUAUCUACAUCCCUCUGGCCCUGCUGGGCAUGCUCUAUUUGGUCUACCUUGUGGAAUGCUGGCACUGUCAUGUGAAGAAUGAGCUGCAGCACAAAGUGGAUGUAGAGGGAAUCAGUGAGCGCAUUCAGAGGAUGCAGCAAGCAAAACCGUGCAUCUGGUGGAAGGCCAUCAGCUAUCACUACGUUCGACGAACACGGCAGGUCGCGCGUUACCGCAAUGGAGACGCUUACACCAGUACCCAGGUUUACCACGAGCGUGUCAACACCCACGUGGCGGAAGCUGAGUUUGACUACAGUCACUGUGGUGUGAAAGAUGUUUCAAAACAGCUGCUGGGCUUGGAGAAGUCCGCCCUGACAAAGAUGCGCUUCACCAAGUGCUUUAGUUUUGCCAACGUUGAGUCUGAGAAUUCCUACCUGACACAGCGGGCCCGCUUUUUCACUGACAAUGAGGGCCUUGAUGACUACAUGGAAGCCAGGGAGGGCAUGCACCUGAAAAACAUUGACCUGAAGGAGUAUGUCAUAGUACUGUGUGAUCCAGAGCGCCACCCCUGGUAUCUGUCCCACUAUGUCUUCUGGUUUGCUUCAUUCCUCACUUUCUCCUGGCCGCUCAGAGUCUUCACAGAAUAUCACACUUCAUACAUCCACUAUCGCGUUGAGAAGCUCUUUGGGCACGAUUACCUCCCUGUGACCCCAUGUGAUGAACGGCCAUAUUGGCGCCGGAUCCCUCGUGUUAACACCAUUGACAGUACGGAACUGGAGUGGCACAUUCGGUCCAACCAGCAGCUGGUGCCCAGUUACUCAGAGGCUGGCCUGAUGGACCUGGCCCAGUGCCCCACCAGCUUCAGCGGGAUACGUCAGAAUUGCGAGCGUUGCCACAGAGCCAUCAGCUGCUCCUCGGUGUUCUCCAGGAGCGCCCUCAGCAUCUGCACCGGUGCCAGCUCCCGCAUCCCCUUCAGCGGCAGUCGGUUCUCCUUGGCGCGGCGCUAUGGCUCCCAGCGCAGCUGCUUCUGGAGGAGCGGCAGCUUGGAUGACCAGGAGAGUCCCAGCGAAAACACCCGCUGCCUAUCAGAGCGCCACGCCACGGAUGACGAGGGACCCCCAGACUAUGAGGAUGCACUCUGCUACCCAGUGCUCAUCGUUCACUGCAGCGAGAAUUGCCACAACCACAGGUCUUUCCACAGAAACGGCUCCUGUGUGGAGACUUCCUUAUGACUAUGCAGUCACUGACAGCACUCAGUGGCAUAUCUGUAGCAUACAGACACUUUGGACACCAGAAACAACUUAAUGUGAGAUUCAUGCUAUGUUGUCAUUCGAUUUGAAACAAAUGAAUGUGUGAAUCACCAAAGCAAUAACAGUGAUUAAAGUGAGCAGAACAUGUACAGACUCAAAACUGGUCUCUGUGUGGCUUAACAAUGAAAACCAAGCAGACAAAGACUGUUACACUGUACAUCAUUGCCAUAACUCUCAUAUGUAUGGCACAUAUGAAACUGAAAAUGAAGUUACCUCACGAGACAUUUUCAGACGCCACGGAAAGGAUGGGCAGGUUGAAACAUCUCAUUCACUCAGCGAAUCCUUGAAAUCAUAAAAACAUCCGAGCUGACCAAGAUGGAGAUUUUGUUUCAUCAUAAGGAAUGGCAGAAAGGUUUUUACGAUAUUGACCGACUUCUAAUCGCUGCAACAACUGUGACAAUAGAAACCGAUUUCUCAAGCGAAAUCGUAAAAGGAGGAAUAUCAAUCAAACCUGUCGCGCUGAUGCAUAUCAUAAUGUCACACUGGUCAAUAUGGAAACCUCCGAUCCAGAAGAAACCAAUGAACUCUCAGAUACUCUCAGUUGCUGUUUUACAAAUUUUUGAUGUUUGAACAUUUUCAUUACUUAUGUGAGGUGUUGUAAUUUUACUUCAUCCUUGUACCUACAUUUUUUUUUAAAUCAACAUGCCUAAUAUAUCUCUACUUCAGUUAGAGGCUUUCUGCAUUUCUUAGAAUGCCUUUGACAACUGCAAAAAAACAGCUAUAUACUUAUUUUCAGCUGUGGGUUUUAUGUCUUGGUGGAAAGUGACAUAAGGAUAGUAACAAACCUGUAUUGUGGCUGAAUUGCAUUCUGGUCUAUUGAGGCAACUAUGGGAUGGAGAAUGUGAUAUAACUGAUGUGCUUCUUCUACACUGGAUAUCUCCAUGUUUGACUGUUGACUGUUGGUGCUAUAUGGCAGCUCCAGAGAGAAACACACCUUUCUUUUCGAUAUUGAUGGACUGACACUUAAGCCUGAUGUUUACAGUUGAUGCUUUUAAAGCAUUUUGUCCUAUAAACCUUCACUGUACAAGUUGGAAUUAUCUCAAUGUGAUGGCACAUCUACAUAUGCUGGGGUACUUGAAGGAAAUAAGAAACCAUUAGGGCUACAACUUACUUUUACUUUCAUUACUGAUUAGUCUGUUGACUAUCUUUUCAGUCGAGUAGUUUUUGGUCUGUAAAACAUCAGUAAUGGUGAAAAAUCCUGUCCUUAAAUGACCUGUUUUGUCUAACACCCAAUAGGUUUCAUAAGAGUAAAAAAAAAACAUUUAGCAUCCAUGAUCAUUUAAGUAUAUUUUGUCUGAAAUUUGACUUUUUUCUAUACUGCCACUACAAACCCGCAAACUACUGUGGUACCAACACACAUACAUGUCAUUACAUUUAUCUUGUUCUCAGAAAAGACUGGGACAGGUUUGGGUUAAAAUAACAACAAAUUUGAACCGGUGAAUGUGACAUCAUACGGUCAUUAAAACAACUCUCAAAUUUGCAUGAGCCCCUUCUGCUAAAACAAUGUGUUAAAAAUUACAAAACAUACCCGAAUGUAAACCACCAGCAUAUAUAUGAUAUUCUGUAGAACACGUCCAUUAUGUGUCUGUGGUAAAGGAGUUGUGCUCCAAUUUUCAUUUGUAAAAUGGUGACUUCGCUGUCCAGUGUAUACCGUAUAUGCUCAGAGUGAAAGAGCACAGCACAUACCAUGUCACCAUGUUUCCUGAACAGACUUUGGAUGUCGACAUUUGAUGUAUGUAGAGGACCUCUGACUCUUUAGAGUCGAGUUUACAGGCAGUAUAUGCAAGGAUGUAAAUGCACUUAGGGUUACACAUGGACAUCAAACACAUUUUAUAACGCUGAGUAUUUUAUAACAUCUAACAGGAACUUAUUGUAUGCAUCCUAGCAAAUAACACCUUGUGUUUUUACAUUGUUUUCAAUAAUUUAGUGACACCAGUAUUAUGCACUUGAAGUGACACUAGACAUUAUGAAUUGUAGUGAAGCUGAAUGUUGAUGUAAAUUCCCUUAAAGUAAUAAAGUAUUCACACUGAUAUACUGACAACUACUUAACUGCUCAGAUAUAAUACAACACACGACCAAUGAAAGCUUCUUGUAAAAUGUUUAAAAUGUUCUUGUUGUCAGUAUAAUGAAAUGGGCUGUAUAAAUAACUUGAUUACCUUUUAAAAUAUGUGUUGAAAUUUAUCUUAUGCUGGAAGAAUAAAAGUUGCAAUA